AUGGCUUCAGAGGAGAUACCAGUUGCGCAGAAGAGAGGUAGAACUAAGUACGCUACAUUAGGAGAAGCACAGAAAGAAUUCCUUCUUGACUUGGUGGAUAAUGAUCCCAACAUUCGUUUGGAUGACAUGAUGGAAAGCUUGCAGAAGCAAUUUGAUAAAAUGCAAGUUAGUAAAUCUACACUUCAUCGGUUCGCAAAAGAGGAAUGUGCUCUCACAUUCAAGUUUGUUCGUCCUGAGAGGACUUCUGAUAAAACUGAACAGAGAUUCGAAUUUGUUAAACAAAUUCAGGAAAAUGAAGUUAACUUUAUGGAAAAUUGCGUAAUUUUUGACGAAGCAGUCUUCCAUAUUAAUAUAAAGCUUUUUGGAGCAUGGGCUCCUAAAGAAAAUAAAUCUGUAGUUAAAACCCCGACUACACGUUCCGUAAAAUUCUUGGAGCAAUCUCUACAGUUGGUAUUAUUCAAUUAA